AUGUCGGCGAGUAGAGACAUUCUCCAUACUUUUUCAUCAACAGCCAUUAAUGUGACGACUAUUGCUCAGCGACGGCAGCUACUUGCCAAAACGAGGGUUAAGGCUAGAUUAAACGAAGAAAAACAAAUGAUAGGGUGUCGCAGGCAAGUAAAACGAAAGAAAGCAAACAUUUGUGAGAUGGCUGCAGAGUUGAGUUCUUCCAGCAAAGACCAGCUGAUAAACUCAAGCAGAGCUGGUCAUGAAAUAACAAGGCCACAUUUGACGGCAAGGAGCAUAGAAGAAGUCCUGUUUCAGGACUCGUAA